GGCGCCUGCGCAAGCGCAGUGCUGGCUGCGGAAUCGUUAAGGUAACAACCGCCUCAGGAUGGCUUCCAGUGUCAAAAAGCCAGCUGUGGCCUCCGCCAGUCAGAAGAGAAAGAUGGGACCCAAACCUGAGCUUACUGAAGAUCAGAAGCAAGAAGUCCGGGAAGCGUUUGACCUUUUCGAUGCCGAUGGAAGUGGGACCAUCGACGUAAAGGAGUUGAAGGUGGCCAUGAGAGCGCUGGGUUUCGAACCUAGGAAGGAAGAGAUGAAGAAAAUGAUCUCCGAAGUGGAUAAGGAAGGCACAGGGAAGAUCAGCUUCAAUGACUUCCUGGCCGUGAUGACUCAGAAGAUGUCCGAGAAAGACACUAAGGAAGAAAUCCUGAAGGCGUUCAAGCUCUUUGAUGACGAUGAAACCGGGAAGAUCUCUUUCAAAAACCUAAAGCGUGUGGCCAACGAGCUAGGGGAAAACCUCACCGACGAGGAACUGCAGGAAAUGAUUGAUGAAGCUGAUCGGGAUGGAGACGGCGAAGUGAACGAGGAUGAGUUUCUGCGAAUCAUGAAAAAGACCAACCUUUAUUAGAGUCGGUGAAGACGUUAAUGACUCGCUGGGUUCCCAGCUUCUCUCUUAUGAAACCUUCACUUGGAGGACAUCGGCUGUCUAAUCCCUUCUCUUCUCCCCUAACUUGUCUAGAUCUGUUUCCAGAUCUGAAGCUCAAUUAAAGAUGAUUAUAAAGUGA